AUGUCAUGGGGACAGGCGUAUCACGUUGCACGCCACCUUCUAACGACAACAAACUUUUUAAUAAUGAUUGCCACUAAAAUUGUCAUUACUACUACUUCUACUACCAACACAGCUGCUGUUUCUGCUACUGCCGCUGCUACUCUUGCUACAUCAAGUUAUUCUAAAAUUACUCCAGCCACAAAUACCAGCAGAUUUUUUGACGGUACCAUUAAACCAGACUUGGCCGAUGAAAAUGAUUACUAUUAUCCUGAUUAUUUUAAAACAUUUGUCAAAGUGUUAAAAAAAAAUUCGGUUGAAAUAAACAAUCAACUCGGAGACAACAAAAAAGAUGUAGAAUUAAAUAACUUGAAAUACUCAUCCCCUCUCAGCACAGCGCGCACGCUGAUGAAAAAUUCGCGAAACAAAUAUGAGCAGCGGACAAAUGAAAAGAUUGAUGAGGUGAGGGCGAAGAACAGAGGAGCGGUUAAAUUGAGAAGAACAUCAGGUAGCGAAGGAGCUUUCAUGCAACAGCAGCAUGAAUCAUCUGGGCUCGCCUCGUCUGCUUUCAUCAUAAUCAACACAACUCAAAAAUCUCUAACCUUAUCGUCAACUUCAUCCUCAUCGUCGUCGUCAUCAUCGUCAAAUUCUUCAGCGUCUUUGUUGUCAUCCAUGUCUUUGACAUCAUCUUCGUCAUCUUCAUCGCUACCGCCAUUAUUUUCAAAUAGUCUUUCAAAUGGCAUAAAAGAAGAAUCUGUUUACGAAGAGGUGCGGAAAGGCUGGCAAUUGGCUGACCUAAUUAAUGACUGCGUCUUAUUGGAGAGAUAUUCAAACAUAAGUGAGGUCAAAUUCAAACUAAUCAAUCAACAACCGAGUUCAUCGCUUCAUGCAAUCGGAUUGGAUGAGAAAUUAGGUCACAUACGUGUCAUUGGUCGGCUGGAUCGUGAUGUUAUCUGUCAUGGAUUAGAACUCUGUCAGGUCCGUCUGGAUGUGAUCGUGAAGCCGGACCUCCAGAUGGUCAAGGUACUAAUCGACAUCUUAGACAUCAACGACAACUCGCCGCAGUUUGCGAACAGCGUGCGAACGAUAAAUCUUAGCGAAACUACACCCAUCGGCUCGACUAUCCGUCUCGAUAUGGCAGCCGAUAUCGAUUCGAGUAGAUACGGUAUCGCGAGAUAUUAUAUCAAAGAGAGUGUGGCUACUGCUGCUGCUGCUGUUCAGAAUGAUAAUAAGAAUAUAAACGUUGAUAUGAGAUUGGCGUUUGAAGAAAAUCUGCAACUGAAUUUUCUAAACAAUGACUCUAACAAAAAUAACAAUUCUGGUCACAACAACAUUCACAUAGAUGAUAGUAGUAGUAGUAGUAGUAGUAAUAAUAAUAAUAAUAAUAAUAAUAAUAAUAAUAACACCAACAAUAACAACAACGACGACAAAUAUUUUUUCAAUUUGGUCCUACAAUCCAAAUCCGACUUGUCGAAGGAGUUGCUGUUGGUUGUCGCAAAACAACUGGACAGGGAAUUAGUUGCUGAGCAUCAUUUGAAGAUAAUAGCGAUGGACCGAGGCAUACCGCCAAAAAACGGUACGAUGGAUAUAACGAUUUCUCUACUUGACGCCAACGACAACAAACCGAUAUUCGUGUCGGAUUAUUACGAGGCCACCCUCCCUGAAAUGGACGACUACAACAUGGUCAGGGUUGUACGCGUCCAUGCAACCGACGCAGAUACCGGCGAGUUCGGAAGGGUUCGAUACUCGUUGCGGGCGGCAUCAUCGAUUAAUAACGCUGUCAUCACCUUCAGGGCGAGCAGGGACAGCGGUCAAAAAAUGAAAACUGCAAGGUCCAUCCACACCAACCAACAUGAUGAUCAAACUAAUUGCAAUAAUAGUUUUUUGAGUGCUAACAAUAUCAGAAGAAACAGUAGUAGUUUUGGUGAUAGUAGCGAUGUAAGUGCCGCCAGCGACGAGUUGUUUACUUAUAAAAAGCACAGAAGAGACGUCACUCAUAUCAACUCAAGCAUCCGACCAAAACAUCAGCCUCAACCGCACAAGCACAAACAAUCAAACAAGAAACGCAAACAGCACAAACAGAAAAAUUCAUCCACGUCACAAAUGACGUCAUCGUCAGCAGCCUCCUUAGCACCAUCAUUAUCAUCACCAUUUUUUUCUUCGGCAUCAUCUAUGCCGUUCAGAAUCGACGAAUUGACCGGUCAGAUAUUCGUAAUCGGUAGUCUCGAUUUUGAAGCGGCUUCCAUCCACAAACUCAUCGCGAUUGCUAGCGACUCGGAACCGACUCACACCGCCGAGGCAAUUGUGGUCAUAAAAAUAGUCGACAUCAACGAUAAUGUACCAAUCAUUCAGUUCCACACUCUCAAAUCAACCAACUCAAACCUCGCUCAAAUAACCGAGAACGCUCCGAGCAACACUUUUGUGGCUCGGAUGGUCGUUACUGACGCAGAUAGUGAACUGAACGGAGCUUUCGACUGCUACAUAAGAAGCGGUAGAAGCAACCAUCAUGACGCCAGCUUCACGGAUAACUCGGGUGUCGGUAUUAGGGAGGAGCACUUCCAACUCAUCAAAAUCGAAUCUCACGUCGAUAACUUUGCUGCCAGUAAAGCAUCGAGUUACGUCGAUGAUGUCACUGACGAUAGCGACGACGACGACUACAGCGACUACAGCAGCAACAGCGGUAGUGAUGUGGCAGGCAACGGCAACGUGAUAGAGUACCAGGUUGUGACCACAGAGGCAAGUUUCGACAGAGAGGCUGUGGCUACCAAUAAUAAUGAUGAUAGAAAUGAUAACGAUUAUAAUAGUGAUGGCAUUGAAUAUGAUGAUAACAAAAUUGGUAAUGAGAAUGGUAUUGAUAAAAAUGACUAA